CUGUUUAGUCAUCAGAUUACGUAAUCUAGGAAAAGAACCGACCGUUAAGUGGGAAGGUUAUGUAAAUAAGUUCGAAUUUUGAAAAAAAAUGUACCAGUUUGAGUGAUCAGUAGCAUUAAGUGUCAGUUAAUGUUACUACACAGAUUUUGUUGUCGCUUUUAUUACCAGUUAACUUUUCCAAUUGAUUGCUCAUGCACAUUAGUUCAUGACCCGUUUACAUAAAAAAAAUGCCAACAUUGGAAACUUGUAUGAAAAUUCACCAGUAGUAGAACACAAUAGCAGCACGUAGAUCAGUGAAACGUUUGUAGCAAACUGACGUCAAUGUAGCGAUCGUUCCACGCCUUGAAAUGUUAGAAAAUUUUCACCAAAUUCAAUUAAACGAAGGCCACUCGAGAGCGUAAAUUGAGGCGAUUUAAAAGUGUUGACUUAGCGCAGUAUUGUGUGAUUGCCGCUAUAAAUCUUCCAUCGGUACAAUUCCUGCGCACUAAAUUUGUCAGAAAAGGCGUUAUCACUGUUAACACAACACAAGUAAACAUAGUUAGUGUCACGUUUUAGACACCUUUAAUUUCAGCCUCUCCCAACCGCCAUGGCUCUCCUACUUUACGUCGUAAUGCUGAUCAUCAUCAUCACCAUUCUCUUCAAAAUCAGCCCCAUCGCUCGCUACUACCUAAAAUAUCUUUGGUUCGGCGCGGCAAGUGGUGUUUUUGCCUCGGCCCCCAUUCCUCUUAUGCUUCUGAGACCAAGGGACAGCCGAAAUGCCUUGAUUCCAGCAGCUGGAAUUUUAUUCGGGUGCCGCCUCUUGGGGGUCACCACAAGCCUCGAAGGCCACGAAAACAUAAUCCGAGAUUCUGGCUGCGUGGUCCUCAUCAACCACCAAUCCAUGUUGGAUUUGUUGGUUCUGGGAAAACUGUGGCCCGCCAUGGACAAUUGUGCUGUCAUUUCAAAGAAGGAGAUUUUGUAUUUUCAGCCGUUUGGUAGUGCGGCGUGGUUGUGGGGUACCAUUUUUAUUGAUAGAGUGAAGAAGGAAAAUGCGCAGGCUGCUGUUAAUAAAACGGGGGAGACCAUAAGGAGUAGGAAGGCUAGAGUACUUAUGUUCCCGGAGGGUACUAGAAAUUUUACUGAUAAGCUUCUACCUUUCAAAAAGGGUGCGUUUCAUCUUGCCAUUGCGUCCAAGUGUCCGAUUCAGCCUGUUGUGGUCAAUAGGUAUAGGUUUUUGGGGAAGCAUAAGUUUGAUAGUGGACAUAUAAGGAUUAAGAUUCUUCCAGCAAUUUCCACUGAGAAUUACACAACAGAGAAUAUGCAAGAACUUAUGGAUAAAACUUACAAGAUUAUGUCGGAGAAUGUCGAUUUACUUACAAGGGAAGAAGAUGACAAAAUUAAAAAGACUAAAUAAUAAUUUUAGGGAAAGUUGUUGAUGUUAUUAUUUAUAUGAUGUUGUUUUUAGUUUGUGUACAAAAAUUUUAUAAUUUAUUAAAAAUGAACAGGGG